AUGGGUUCUUGUUCGGACAAGUUGUUCAACAGAGAGAGAACAGUACAUGAGAUUCUGGGAGGUGGCAUUUUUGCAGAUGUGAUCAUGUGGAGGAACAAGAAUGUGAGUGUUGGUAUAGUUACAGUCACAAUAGCAUCAUGGAUGGUGUUUGAGAGCUUUGCCUACACCAUCCUCACUCUUCUCUCAAGUGUUCUUCUCCUCUUGCUCUCUAUCCUCUUCCUCUGGUCCAAAUCUGCAUCUAUUCUCAACAGGCCAUCACCGCCAUUGCCAGAGUUUCAAAUAAGUGAAGCAAUGGCUGAAGAAGCUUCCAAGUUGUUACGCAUCCAUGUGAAUAAACUGCUACAAGUCUCGUAUGACAUUGCGAUGGGAAGAGACUCUGAGUUGUUUAUCAAAGUAGCGGUCUAUCUGUUUCUCAUAUCAUUCAUUGGAAGCCUCAUGGAUUUUCAGACACUUUGCCACACCGGGGUUUUGGUGGUAAUGACAGUUCCAGCUUUCUAUGAGAGAUAUGAGGAAUACAUAGAUGGAUCUCUAGUGUUCGUCUGCAACAAAGCUAAAGAGCUUUACCUUAGAUUCGACAUAGGGUCUUAUCUUGAAUAUAAGAAGAAAUUGAGCUAA